GCGGUUGGGGUGGAUGCGUGGUGUGCACUGCACAAGGGGCCUUGUCUGGGCUGGGGCAAAGCAUGCCUAUGGGGGGCUCCAGUGGGAGGGACUGUGGCCAGGAUGUGGGAGGGCAGGAGGGAGGUUCUGCGGAGUGCUGGGGGAGGGGGUGGCUGAAAACGGAUUUCAAGUCUUAAAGUCAGCUCGGAGCUGGCCGAGGCAGGGAGAGCUCUCUGCUUGGAGGAGGAGCUGGGGGCCUCUUCCAUCCCGACUUCGCCUCUUCUGGCUGCAUGAGCUCGGGAGGUAGGAUGCGGGAGCUACAUCUGCUGUGCUGGGCGGUCCUCCUGGGCCUAGCACAUGCCUGUCCUGAGCCCUGCGACUGCGGGGAGAAGUACGGCUUCCAGAUCGCCGACUGCGCCUACCGUGACCUGGAGGCCGUGCCACCGGGUUUCCCGGCCAACGUGACCACGCUGAGCCUGUCCGCCAACCGGCUGCCGAGCUUGCCAGAGGGGGCCUUCCGGGAGGUGCCCCUGCUGCAGUCGCUGUGGCUGGCGCACAAUGAGAUCCGGGCGGUGGCCGCCGGGGCUCUGGCCUCUCUGGGCCACCUCAAGAGCCUAGACCUCAGCCACAACCUCAUCUCUGACUUUGCCUGGAGCGACCUACACAACCUCAGCGCCCUCCAGUUGCUCAAGAUGGACAGCAACGAGCUGACCUUCAUCCCCCGAGACGCCUUCCGCAGUCUCCGCGCCCUGCGCUCACUGCAGCUCAACCACAACCGCCUGCACACGCUGGCCGAGGGCACCUUCACCCCGCUCACCGCGCUGUCCCACCUGCAGAUCAAUGACAACCCGUUCGACUGCACCUGCAGCAUCAUGUGGUUCAAGACGUGGGCCCUGAGCACAGCCGUGUCCAUCCCAGAGCAGGACAAUAUAACGUGCAUGUCGCCCCGCGUGCUCAAGGGCACCCCGCUGAGCCGCCUGCUGCCACUGCCCUGCUCAGCACCUUCCGUGCAGCUCACCUACCAGCCCAGCCAGGAUGGCGCCGAGCUUCGGCCGGGCUUCGUGCUGGCCCUCCACUGCGACGUGGACGGCCAGCCGGCACCCCAGCUUCACUGGCACAUCCAGACGCCCGGCGGCACCGUGGAGAUCGCCAGCCCCAACGUGGCUGCUGAUGGGCGUUCCCCGCCGAGCGCCCUGGUUCCCGGCAGCCGGCCGCGCUUCCAGGCCUUCGCCAACGGCAGCCUGCUCAUCCCCGACUUUGGCAAGCUGGAGGAAGGCACCUACAGCUGCCUGGCCACCAACGAGCUGGGCAGUGCCGAGAGCUCAGUGAACGUGGCGCUGGCCACGCCCGGCGAGGGCGGCGAGGACGCGCUGGGGCGCAGGUUCCAUGGCAAAGCGGCUGAAGGGAAGGGGUGCUACACAGUGGAUAAUGAGGUGCAGCCCUCAGGUCCAGAGGACAACGUGGUCAUCAUCUACCUCAGCCGUGCUGGAGGUCCCGAGGCUGCAGCAGCAGGGGAAGGGGUCUCCGGGCAGCAGUCCCCCGGCCUGCUCCUGCUGGGCCAGAGCUUCCUCCUGGCCUUCCUCACCUCCUUCUAGGCUUCCCCCAUGUCCCCUCCCUGGGCAGGGCUGGAGCACCGCCAGGGCUUCCCUGACUCCGCCCCCACGCCCCGGCAGAUUUCCCCUGGCACAGGGGGCUUGAGGGGGGCAACUCCCAAGGUCUGCAUGGGGGAUUUCACAUCCUCCUACCUCCCUUCUCAUCUCUUCUGGAACACUCACCACCCCAGCUUCUAAACUCGCUGGAAGCUAGUGACUAGAACAGAAUCCGAUUCCAUACUCACCAACUUUGGUGCUAAAUGCUGCUAACCACACUGCCCACGCUCCCCUACAGGGCGAUGCCCUAACCACCCGAGGAAGCCUCAGCGAUGGCAUUCCAGGCACUGGGACCAACGAGCUGGCAAAGGCUGGGGCACGCUGUUGGGGCUGGGAGCUCGGCAGGGAGAUACCCUGAAGCAGACAGGGCGCAGGAGAAAGGAAGAAGGUCUUGGGGUAGUGGCUGGCAUGGCUCUGGGCUCUUAGUGUCCUGCUUGAGCUCUUGCUGCCUUUUGGCAUUCUCUCAUGUUUUGGGGGCUCAGGAAUCUGUGCCCUCAUCUCAGACAGGGCUAGAGGAUCCAGGAUGGCCUUCCUCUUUUCCCGCCCUGUACCCCUCCACCCUGGACACCCAUCCUGCCUUUCUCUCCAAGUAUGCGUCUGUAGCCUGUCCCUCCAGAGAGACUAGCCAUCCCAGGGGGUGACUGAGAAAUAAACAGCAUUUCUGAUGCUC